AAACGAAACUGAUGUAUGUUGAUAAGGUGUGAAUACUGGUAUCUGCUGCUCCACAUCCAGCCACGAACAGAUCAUACAAACACAGAAGAUGUAAUAAACAUGUUGUAAUCUCUCUAUAAUUUCUUGAUAGAGAUUGAAGCCUCUGAUUGUGAUGAUCAGUGAGUCACUGAGUGUUUCCAGCAUCGUUUAGUGGAGAAGGGAAGUCUGUUCCUGAGGAUCAUCUGCGACACAGAUCCGCCCGGAGCAGCGCUGGCGUCCGUGUGUUUACUCCCUCUGAAAAGUGUCUCAAUUCAAAGGCAGUAGAACCCACUAGAGCCGCUGUUAGACUCUGGUUCCGUCCCCAGAUGUCUCUGCUACCAUCGACAUAUCUAGUCUACUAAAUUCGAACCGGUUUGAUAGUUUUUUGGAGACGAAACGUGGAGAAAAGUCGCUGCGAGUUGCACAAAGUCACCGUGAAUCCGGGAGGUUUGAAGCCUGCUGGGACUCACUGGAGGAGCCCAGGGAGACAAACACGGGCUCAGUGUGGAGGGACACGGGUGUCCUCUCCGCUCCGGUGCAACUCGUGAGUGUACAUUGUAGUUUUGUGUGUUUUAUGUGUCCUAGAAGUGGAAGAGAAAACACAAAGUGAGGCUGCACGAGAGGCGGCGGCAGAGCGGCGCGGCGCGUUGCUUCUCUACGGUUCUCAUGGCCGCUGUAAGCCCCGCCCCCUGCUGCGCGUUGCUUCUCUACGGUUCUCGUGUUCGCUAUAAGUUCCGCCUCCUGCCGAUCAGACCAGAUCUUACGCUCAGAUUCCACAUCUGAUACUGAACAUGGCUGAGGAAGCUCCAGUAGCAGCGGCUCCGGCUAAAGCUCCGGCGAAAGCCCCGAAGAAGAAGAGCGCUCCCAAGGCGAAGAAAGAUGGACCCACUCUCCCGAAGCUCAUCGUGGCCGCCGUGGCCGAGUCCAAGGAGCGCAAGGGAAUGUCUCUGGCGGCUCUGAAGAAGGUGCUGGGCGGCAAAGGCGUCGAUGUGGCCAAGGCGAACAAGCGCAUCAACACCGCCGUCACCAAGCUCGUUACCAAGGGCACCCUGGCCCAGACCAAGGGCACCGGGGCCUCCGGCUCCUUCAAGCUCGCCAAGAAGGAGCCCAAAGCCGCCGCCAAGCCCGCAAAGAAGGCCGUGAAGAAGAAGGCAGCCACCAAGGUAAAGAAACCCGCUGCCGCUAAGAAGACCGCUUCGGUCAAGAAGACGCCCGUCAAGAAAACACCCGUCAAGAAGUCGCCCAAGAAGAAGGCAGCGGCCAAGAAACCCGCCGCCGCCAAGAAGGUGGUGAAGAAGAGCCCCAAGAAGGCCGCCGCUAAGAAGCCAAAGGCGGCAGCCAAGAAGACUCCCGUCAAGAAGGCUCCAGCCAAGAAGACCGCAGCCAAGAAGGCCAAGAAAUAAAGCUCUCCUCUGGGAAACUGCAAACAAACAAAGGCUCUUUUAAGAGCCACCACAUCCUCCCCCAAAGAGCUGUCUGCUUACAUCCACAUUAAUUAAUAAAUCAAAUACUAAUACAGUAACACUACAGACAAGUUAGUGAAAAGGCACAUGGAAGCAAAGUAGUAAGGGAAAUGUAUGAACAUAUUUAUUAAAUACACAUGGAUAAUACUUAGUCCUCUGUAUAUGGUACAUACAGUAUAUUGUGCCAUAUGGUCUCAAAUCUUUAAAUACUGUACAUAUGCUAUAAAACUAACCUGUACAGUUGUUAAGCAUUUAUCACUUAUAUCACUUAGUUGAUGGCUACAGGGGUAGGCAGUGCUGCAAUGUAGCGCAGUGUAGAUACGGUUUAUUCCAGGUUUUAUUCAUCACAUGCCACUAAUGAUUGCAGUAAUAUCUAAUAAUUUCACACAACAUGCAAUGUAAAAAAAAAAAAAAAAAAAAAAAACAAUGGCAAGAACGAACGCUACCACAGCUCCUUCAUCCCAACUACCAUCGGGCUGUACAACACCAGCCUGAGUUAACAAUAACUGGGACUAUUAUAUUCCAAUUUCUUUUGCAUUUUUUUAAAUUCCCAACUAUAUACUGACUGCCAGAGUGCUGUAUGUUCUUGUAUAUUUUUAUAUUUUGUACAUUCUUUCAUAGUUGAUAUUGUCUUUCAAUGUUUGAAUAUUGCUUGUAUAUAUUUUCGUACAAAAUCCAGUGCUACUGUGACAAGGUUGUUUCCCAUAAGUGGGGAAAAAUAAGAGUUGUUGUUUCAUAUAGACUUAAGAAAACGCUGUACAGUUGUACUAUGUAGAACAGUG